AUGUCGUCCAACACGGCCAAUGUGAUUAAACAAAAGAUCUUUAUCCAAUCCAUUAACAAAGAUGGAGCAACAUACACGCUCUCAGUGGCGACAGUGACCUCAGAUUGGUGGCGGCCGGAGGACACUGCGGAGGAUAUCGGCAGACGUGCCGCCGCUGUGAUCCAGGCAUGGCGCGGCCAGUUUCCUCAGGCAGCUAGAGAACUCUGCGUAAGGGGCCCUCCUACCAAGGACGAGAUCAUGCAGCGCCAGAAAUACGACAACCUUUCUUCCAAGGGAGGCCAAGACGCCCCCUGA